CCUUUAUAAAAUAAAGACACGUGUGCAUUUUCAAGUCUCUAACCAUGCAACCAGACAUCCCUUAUUCUGCAAACCAAACAUUCUUCUUCUCCCUCAUCGAGCACUGGAUCCCCUCUCAUCUCCGGCGACGCACCCGCAACCCCUCUCUUUGCCGGUGACCCCAAUCCCUCUUUCCUGCGACCCACCAAUCCCUUUCUUCUACAGCGACUGCGAUCGUCGUCCUCCGUUAUGGACGACGGCAAUGAUUGCGAACUGUCAUCAUCAAUCAGGACAGUCCCUCUCACCAUUUGAUCUCAAUCUGGUGAUGUUUGUGGCGACGAGCAAGAUCCUGAAGCCACAAUUUCUGCCAUUAAUUAAUUUGGAUCUCCAUAGUGGUUAGAUGGGUGAUAGCUUUUGUGAAAGAAUUUGCAAUGUUUUUGCUGUUCGGGAGUGAACUGUGGGGUGAGGGAAGGAGAAGAAGGAUGUUUGGUUUGCAGGACUAAGAGUGUUUGGUUGUGUGGUUCGAGACUAGAAAAUGGACAGGUGUCUUUAUUUUAUUGGAGGCUUCGAUUUCUGCCACUCGGAUGCGCUCUCUCUCUACUCGAUCCACCUUGUAAACUGAAAGCCUCCUAAACUUAGCAAUCCAGGCUAGCAGCGAGUACUGAUCAUCACGGUGUAUCAUAAACACGAAUUGAGUAGUUAUGGCCAACAGAAGAGAAGCUUUAGAUGUGGAGAACCAGGGAAAGGGUCGGAAACCAGGGACUACAACGAGAUAUGCCCCAGCAAUGCGAAUUCGUGAUGAACAGGGGAAAUUCCUUCUCAGAUGGAGCAUGAUAUUUGUAAUGUCCUGUGUGUUUGCCGUCACAUUAGAUCCUCUGUUCUUUUACAUUUUAAUCAUUGAUCAAGACAAGAAGUGCCUUCAAAUGGACAAAACGCUGAGCACUACUGUUCUUGUUUUGCGAUCACUCACGGAUUUCAUUUUCUUUGUGCAUUUUAUAUAUAAAAUUUACGACGUCUUUAUAGUUCAAAAGAACAAACAGUUGACGGCUAAUGAGGCCGCAGAUACCCUGCAACUUGUGGCCUCGAGUACCCUGCAAACUGGAGGAAAUUUGGAUCGGAAAUCAAAAAGAAUAUUGUUGUGGUCAUCUCUUUCCAUUAUAAAUGAUUUUCUCGCUCUUCUUCCCGUCCCACAACUGUUAAUUGUAAUCGCUUUUUACAAAAUGAGAGCCGCUGGAUAUAUGGAACAUAAAAAGGCUCUAAAUGUCUUCCUUCUUGGUCAAUAUCUACCAAGGAUAUUUCGAAUUCACCAGUCAUCCAAGGAACUUCGAGAGAAUGCUGGACCAUGGGUUAGAGGUCUAUUCAAUUUUUUUCUCUACAUUCUUGCCAGUCAUAUACUUGGAGCUUUUUGGUAUUUCUUUUCUAUUCAACGAGAGACAUCAUGCUGGUACAGUGCAUGUGCAAAUCAUAGUCUUGAUCCUGCUGGAUGUAUGAAUACUUUCUACUGUGGGCAUCGAACUACUACUUCGAGAAAUAUUAUACUUCUAAACGAGCGUUGCAGGCUAGAUACUCCAGAUGGUGCUUCGGCACCAUUUAAUUUUGGAAUAUUUCUCGAUUCUCUUAAGAAUCAUAGCACAGAGCAUAUCCAUUUUAGAAAGAAGUUCCUUUACUCUUUCUGGUGGGGCUUGCGAAAUAUAAGUAAUUUUGGAACGAAUCUGACAACAAGCACUUAUGUCUGGGAAAACUUGUUUGCAAUUCUUAUCUCCAUCAUUGGCUUGCUACUGUUCUUAUAUCUUAUCGGAAAUGUACAGAAUUUAAUGCUGAAAGAAGCUACAAAAACAAAAGAGGAAACACAGAUAAAUCAGGUGAAGAUGCUGUUAGAAGCUACAGAACAGAUAAUUCAGGCGAAGAUGCUGAAAGAAGCUACAAAAAUAAAAGAGGAGGAAAGACAGAUAAUUCAGGUGAAGAUGCUGGGUGUACGCAAGUGGAUAUUCGAAAAUAAAUUCCCUGAUCAUAUCAAGAACGAAAUCGUGAAUAGCAUUGAGCAAACAUUGAGAAAAAACAAAGAUGCUGAUGUUGACAAGCCAUUCCUUAUUCUUCCCUGGCAAACCAAAAGAUCUGUAAAACGCCAUCUUUUCAUGGAUACACUAAAAAUAGUAAACAAGCUUAAAGACAUGGAUGAAAGAGUGUUGACAUUGAUGUGCGACUACCUGAAGCCAGUGACAUACAUUGAGAACAGCUUCGUUUUCCGAAUGGGAGAUCCGCUCGAUUGCAUGUUGUUCAUUAUCGAAGGAACAAUUUGGACCUACGCGUCGAAGGAUAGUCAAGUUGGGAAUGGAAUCUCAUCAAUGGUCACCAAGCCCCUCAGGAAAUGUCACUUUUACGGGGAAGAGCUUCUCGAUUGGGCAUCAGAGAGUUUCACCGAACUUCCUGUCUCCAGCAAACAUGUCAAAAGUCAGACAAAAGUAGAAGCAUUUGUGCUCAUGGCCAAGGACUUGGAAACUGUAGUCUCCAGAAGCAAACCAUCUUGGCAUUUGCUCAAGUGUAACAAUCCUGGAGAGGUGGCAAUUUCUACCUUCCGUCGUUUCCGACCACGCCCGCCCCUGUUCCCGGCUGGAACAGCGGAUGCCAAUGGUGAGAGCUUGCCAUCGGCAGCAGGCAAUUAGUAUCUUCAGAAACGUCAAAGCAGGGACGCUCAAUUUAUGGCCAAGAAUUCCACACGUGGCAAUAGUAUUGUUGGUUGAUAACUUAAUAUUUACCCGUACUUUGCAAUGGUUUAGUGGUAGCCGCAUUACCAUUUCUCACAGGGAUAUGUAUAUACGCAGGGGUGUUUUGAUAUAUGAGCCUUGUUUUUUAAUUUUUUA